CGGGCUGUAGAAAGGAAGCCCGCCUCAGACCGAGAGAACGGGAACCAAACAAGCGUGCCACCUCUUGUUCAAUGACGGGGAAAACCAUUUUCGGCCAUCGGGAUCCAGAUUUUCUGUGCUAGUUCGAAGACCGUACAACGGAGCCACUUCGAGUGAGCGAAGCGAAACUUGACUGAGUCGUUACCGGAGAAAUGGGCGGAGGAGCCGAGCACGGACACGGAGCGGAAGGUGCUCAUGGCGAUUUCAGGGGGAAGGUGUGGAGCAUGACCGGUGGCCCAUAUUGCCGCCCUAAGCACUGGCGCCGCAACACUGCCAUCGCCAUGGUCGGCGUCUUCCUGGUCUGCAUUCCCAUCGCCAUGAAAUCUGCCGAGCUAGAGCAACGACCUCAUCUUCCUGUUCGUCCGAUCCCCUCCCAGCUUUGGUGCAAGAACUUCGGGACUAAAGAUUAUAACAAAGUUGAAUGAAAUGGGGACUCUCCCAUCAGGUCUGAUCAGCAUUGGGAAACCAAUCCAUUUCUUGUAUCUGAAGUUUGCAGCCGCUACUGAGUCUUAUCUUGGUUGGUUGAUGUUGGAAUAAAUUUGAAGUUAUUAGGAAUGUGGUUGUCCAUCUUUGUAUUGACUAUAUUGAGAACGAGUUGCUUGUUUAAUGUCAUAAAGAAAAUUUUUGUGAAAUGGACACAAGAAGUUAAAUGUUAUUGUCAUUUGGACUUUGGAGUAACCAACUGUAUAUUGGAUACAGAUGCAGUCAUGCAGAAUUUUUCUCCCUUCACUCGUUGAUAACUGAUGAGAUUCUGGAGCUUUAUUGAAGAACUCUAGAAUUUUGAUAUAUUACGUUCUUUGGAUGAAAACCAUUAUAUUUCAUUCUCAUCGUGUUUUAGCUAUGUAGAUCGUCGUCACUAAUGGGUUCUGAUUCCGGUUUCAUUUAUAACGAUGUUGUUGUCUUGGAUAUGCACUCCCAUAUUCGAGUUAGUUUGUACGAUAAGGCAAGACAUAGAGGUAUUUGGCUAAUGGAUUUUGGUGGUGGAUUGUUGCACCAAAUCCGUCAAUAAGUUGAUUCUGGUUCAAAGUAGCUUGUUUGGUUGGUCUUUUUUGGUGUUGGAUUAGGGUGGGAUAGCGUCACUACCCAUAUAGGGCAGGGGUUGUGAUUUUCGCUUCCAUCUUUUCAGCCAUUGAUCUUCCUUUUCCAUCCUACGGUUAUUAUUAAGCAAAGGGUGUUUUGGAAUGCUUGUAUAAUAAAUAAAAGGAAAGAAAAUGA